CGCGUCUGUGGCGGUGGUCACACCCGCGCAUGGAUGCCACCGCCUCGAAGAUCUCGAUAACAGGCCAGGCGCUUAUAUUUACAUUGACGCCUCGCGGUCGACGUCAAGGGCCCGCUCCUCCGGACCUUCAACGGCUGCUCAGAACCAACGGCCGUCCUCUUCAUAGCGACACUCGACGACUUCACUCUCAACAUGAUCGUCCAACUCCAGCCCUAGCAGCGCCAGGCGUGGCGAGAUGUGCAGCAUCUUAGCCGCCGUCUCCUUUCCCCACGCCUUUCAUGCCUCUGUCUGCCUAUCCCAGAUGGCUUCAAAGCGGCGAUCCCACUCGCAGCCUCCCCUUGAGGCGAUGGAACACCUCGUCUCUCUCCUGGCGCUGCUUGUGAUAAGCCACACGCCGAGCAUGGUAUUUUCCCUGAGUCUUGAAGGGCCGCUUCUGAGAGCAUCCGGCUCGCCGGGCUUGUCCCUUUCUGCCGUGGCCGCAGCAUCGCCCUCCUGGUUUCACCAUGAGUUCCCGUUGUGGCUGGUAGGUCAGACAAGACGCUACUCACCGAUGACCCGCUUACGAGGGAGUCAUGAACUGAAGGCGAGGAAAGACUUUCCCUCAGUGACCGGGCGCUCGAGCUGCUGGCAGUGGCGCGCGAUCCAUGUGGCACCGCUAAUCACCACUACUAUAGCUUCAAAAGUUGAUCGUAGUUGUAUUUCGCUCAUUGCUACUAGGGCUUGCUCUCAAGCUGAAAGCAAGUCUACGUGGCCACACUCAGGAUGCCUCGUGUAACUCGCCGGAAAUAUCUGAGAAAUAUUACAAUUGUGGGC